AAAAGAAGACAUACUUUAUUAAUCCCACAAAGGGCUUUUCAAUGUUUUAAUUUGAGAAUUUAGAACACCAUCUAGUCAAAUAAUUAACAACUGAAUGAAGCUAAUGCAGUGACACCUUACAUGUUUUGGUCUUUGCACACUAAUGUAACUGUGUGUCUUGUAUUUGUUUCACUGUCUCAACAUUCAGUGAUGACUAAACUAAUGAGGCAGUAGAUAUUUCUCAGGAGUACCCUAAAAGUGAAUGAAAUCACCCUCCCUCCCCAUCUGACACACUGUAUAAAACACGGGCAAUGUUGGGAAUCUGACAGAGGUGUCUUGAACAGCAAGAAAGCCAGCUACAAUAUUUUCAAGUGUUGCAUUAUAAUGAUUCGCUCCAGCGCUGUGAUGUCCCUGAGUAUUCUGGCUCUCUGCCUGCUGGCUUGUAUUCACUCUGGCAUUAAUGCUUAUCCAGCCAAGCCUGCCAGUCCCCGGGAAGGCGCACCACCUGAGGAGCUCGCCAGAUAUUAUUCUGCACUAAGACACUACAUCAAUCUCAUUACAAGACAGAGGUAUGGGAAAAGAGACAACCCAGAUACUGUAUUUUCCGAUGUGUUGGUGAGGGAGAGCACAGAGAGUAUUCCAGGAUCAAACUAUGUUGGGUAUGACGGGCUGCCACUGUGGUGAUGCUGCUGGAGCUGUCAUAUCCUGGCUGACUUUACCACAAAGCAGCUGCUAUGUCUGUUACUGACAGUAAAUUAACUUGUACUGCAUGGAAUAAACAUUGAGUAAUGCAAACACUUUGGUCUGUAAUGUUGACGAUGCCACUAAAACACAUUUUUAUGCUGCUCAUGUUGGUCUUGUGUGUCACUCACUGAUGGAGUAACAGUGCUCUCUACUGGUGGACUGGCAUCUAAAUACUUUGAGCAUUUUUCAAGUGGGAAAAAUAUUUAAUAAUUCGUGUUUGCUGCUGGUGAACCAUUUGAUGGAGAGUAAAAUAGAAAUUAGCUGUAAAUUGAGUACACUUAAGUGUUGCAUUUAUUUCACUUGUUAUAUUAAGCCUGCUGAGAUGUACCUAAACCCUGCCUGAAAACAGAUUAACAGUUUAAUCCUAUCAAGUGACCUGGAUACAUCAAAAGCAAGUACGUAACACUGAGAAUUUGGUUAACUCUGUUAUGACACCUGGUCCAAGCUAUUGGCUCUCUAUAAUAUGCAUGCUGGCAAAUCUGGUCCUCUUUAAAGAAGCUUCAGCAGCUGAUGGGUGGUAAAUCUGAUUAUUUGUAGCCAGAUGUGGGGAUAGUAGAUCAAAGGUGCUGUCAAUGGUAGCAAGAUCUACAGUAUAUCUUCCUCAUGGGGUAAGUGUAUACUUAAAGUUUAAUUCUUAUGGUGUCUGCUAUGCAUUAAUAGUUAUUGAUAUGUGGCAUUAUGUUUUGCCAGAGCAAGAAAAGAAAUCUGUUAUAAGUGGUGAAAAUUAAUAGAUGCAGUAUCUCUCUAAUUUUUCAUCUAUUGGCACAUCUAUUCUAUUUCAUAUUCAGAUCUACAGAUUUG